GAUCGUAUUUGCUAUAUGGUACGCCCAAAAGAGUAUUUCAGGGGCCGUGAAUAUUUAGUGCAAUGCACCCUAGGUUAUGUUACUAGGCAGAAAGUGCAUUUUAUAUGUGAUAUGCAUGAAAAUAAUCUACAAUUUAAGGGCGGUAAUCCCGGAGCAGUUCAAUAUGGAAAUUUUAUUAAUUAUUACCAAUUCCAUUCCACAGAAGAACGUAUUAAUUUAUUACCAAAAAAUAUAUGGAAUCAGAUGAAUCCUUGUGUUGCAUUGGACGUUGGUUGUAAUGCUGGAACAAAAAUAAAGAAAACCAUGAAAACCUUUGAACAAGCAACUAGGCUUGUGUCUAUAUCCAGUAUAUUUAGCACAAAUGAAGGAAUUGAAGAAAUUAGCACCAAUGAUUUACAGUAUUUUCUGUUGCCAGCGUUUUUAGGAUCCCUUACUCUAAAAUUAACUUCAAAAGAAAGAAAAGAUAUAGUUGAUGUAGCUGAAAUUUACUUUAAAGAUUUUUUAAAAAGAUGUAAUGAUUAUGGAAUGGGCAGUAAUCAAUUCAAAGAUAAAAGUGAGGAGAAGGAGAAAAAAGAAAAAACAGAAUUUGAGAAAUUAGAAUAUUCUGUUAAUACUAGAGCAAAUAAAAUUCAGAGAUUUAAAGAACAAAAAGAACUAAAGUCCAAAUUAGAAGAUUUAAAGAAAAAUAUGGAAAACGAACAUGCCGAUGAAGAAAUAAAAAGAGAAUACUUUCUAACUAUGAUAAAACUGUUUAUGCAUGAAGCAAUAGACGAAUUAAACAGUAUUGAUAUGGAAAAACCGAUCUUAGAACACAUGGCUAAUAUGAAAAAUGAAGAAAAACCUCAACCCAAAAGACCCCCUCCUCCACUGAAGCCAAUUGUGAUAACAAAAGAUGACAUACAGAAAGCUGUUUUUGGAGCUGGUUAUCCAUCAUUGCCAAUAAUGACUGUGGAAGAAUUUUAUCACAAAAGAGUAGAGGACGGUAUUUUUCCUGAUCCAACUAAACCGAAGAAAGGUCCAACGACUUUACAACAAGCCGCCGCCGCUGGUUUAUCUUUAAAUCAAGAGGAGAAAGAAAAAGAAGAAACUGAAAAAUUAAUUGAAGAAGAUAGUGAUGAACAUAUCGCAAGAAUGAGGAGCAGAGAUGAAUUUAAAGAUGAACACAGAAGAGGUUGGGGUAACAGAAUGAAUCGAAGUUAAGAAAUGGUUAAUGAAGUAAAUACAUGUAUAUAUUUACUAAUAGUUUUUUCUAAAAUAUGUUUCAAAAUACAUACACAAUGGCUACAUUAAAAGUAUUUUACAAACUGAUGUACAACGUUAAUCAGUCGUUAUACAUGGUUUGAUGUCUUUACGAUAGUAUUUAUAAGGAUUUUUGAUGAACUGGUAUUUCAAAUGCCUAUCGAAAAUUGACGCUACAUUGAUUUAGAAACUUUAGUAAUUUACUGUUUCUGUAGAUUGGUAUAUUUUAUGUUAUAUUCACAACAACCAAUCUAAAAAGUUUUGUUCAGUAACUAAUAUCAAUUACUGUUUUGUUACUAGCACGGCUUUUAAUUUUUGCCAUUAAAAGUAUUACCCAAUAAAAGUUUCAAAAAAUAUUAUUAGAUAUCUAACAUAAAAUCCACUUGUAGUUUAUCUGAUACUUAAUUAUGUCUAAUUUGACUAUUAACACUGACUGAAAUAAAAAAAAUCAUAUAAUGCAACUAUUUUUCUCGAAUAUUUGUUGAUCAAUAUAAAACACUUUCAAGCACCUUUUCCAAUCCUCUAAAGUUAUUCUGAUACAUGCUUUUUGGUAUGAUAUUGAUCUUCACCCUUUCGAUCCUGAUGAUACAUUUUUAUUGGAAUGAUUGAGCUUUAAUGACAUGACCAUAUUCAUUUAGGUAAUUUCAAUGAUCCCCAAAGUCUAUUAAUAAUUCCUAGUUGGAAUUAAAUCCAUGUUUUUAGAAGAUUUUUGUAUAUAAAACAAAUUUCAACGUUUCAAACUAAACAUUUGGCAUUCAAAUGAUUUUGUAAGAAAAUGUUUAUGUUCACCAUUUCCCAAGUGGGUAUCUUUCAACUUUCUAUCUAUGCAAGAUAAAACCCAUUUAACAAGUCUAUGAAACCGUUUGGGUGCUACAGCUUUUGGUCAUUGAAAAGACCUACAAAAUUUUUUUCAUUGCUUCAAGGUUUCAAUGUUGAGUUGCUGGUAUGUGGACAUAAUUUGAUUGAAGCUUGUUUCCUGAUAUCAGAAAGAAAUUGAAAAUUGAAUGUGUGCCCAGUUCCUGAAAUUGGAAACAAUUUAAUUGUUAUUUUUUGAAUGUGCUAUUCCUAUAAAAUAAUAUUGUAUAAUAGGUGAAUUCUGACCAUUAUGAAAAAUAUUGGAAUUUUGCAAGUUUAAGGAUUGAGUUGUGAUUUUUUUUUGUUUGUAUUUUUUUAUAACUAUUUAUUAAAAUGUCUAACUUUUGAUAGUUGGUUUACAUUUCAAAAUAUCCUAUUCCAUUGGGAGGACUGGACAUUUUAACUAAUUUCUAUUUAUACGGAGUGACCAGAAAUAUAAUGUACUGAAUUUAAAAAAUGUUGAUUGUAGUAGAGUAGAUCUCCAAACUACUUAUUUUUCUGAAAAUAUAGAAAUAUAACUUUUUAAAAAAUAUUUUAUCUACAAAAAAACUUUCAAACAACUUAACAAAUCAAUAGUAUAUUAAACGAAUAAUAAAAUGAAUAAAUUCCAAUUUAUUUCAAUGAACUUAUAUUUGUUAGACCCGUGUUUUGGAAUCUAGAAAUUCAUCUCAAGUAUUUAGCUUUACAAGUUUCCAAAAUAUUGUAAUAUUUACAAAGUAAAAUUUAAAACGGAAUCAUUGUUUUACCCUAAUUAUAUAUAGAAAACUUUUUUUGUCCUGGUUAUUACUACAUGCAAUCAGUAUGUAUAGUCAAAUAUAAAUAUUUAUUUUCAUCAUCAUAAUAUCAAUACGUUAGAU